AUGAAGCGCGCAAUUGUUUUGUUAUUGCUCGGAACGAGUGCAGUUGCUAUGGCAGGUUUCCUUGGCGGAGGCGGCGGUAGUGGCGGUUGGAGUGGCGGCUCAGGUGGUGGUUGGUCUGGAGGUGGUGUAUCUGCUUGGCCAGGAAAAUCUUCUUAUGGUGGUAGUGGUGGUGGCGGCUGGUCAGGUGGCGGUGGCAGUGGCGGUUGGUUAGGUGGUGGUAGCUCUGGUGGUGGUUGGUCAGGUGGUGGUGGUGGCAUCUCUGCUUGGCCAAGUAAAUCCUACGGCAGUGGUGGUGGCGGUGGCUGGUCAGGUGCUUCAUCGUAUAGCAGUCUUUCGAAAGGACUUGGAGGUGGCUGGUCUGGUGGCGGCGGCGGUGGUGGUGGUUGGCCAAGUAAAUCCAGUUAUGGUAGCGGCGGCGGUGGCGGUUGGAAAUUAGGUGGUGGUGGUGGUGGUGGCGGUUGGUCACUUGGUGGUGGCAGUGGCGGUUGGUCUAAAGGAAUAAGCAGUGGCUGGAAAAGCGGUGGUGGUGGUGGUGGAGGUGGCUGGUCAUAUGGUGGCGGCGGCGGUAAAGGCGGUUGGAGUGGUGGCGGCGGUGGUAAAGGUGGUUGGAGUGGUGGUGGCGGUGGUUGGUAA